AUCACUAUUUCCUUUUAUGUAUUGUACCCUUUAGUAUUUAUAACCCCUGCACGUGCGCCCCAGGUUUUCGCUCGAUUCUCAGAAGAGGAGACGGAGAUUCCAAAUCACUGGCCUCUCUGCCUCUACAACCCCUGGAAUAGCCCCACGUCUGCUUAUGCUUACUUGUUCGGUUUGUAGCCGCACCACCGCCGUAACGAUAACGGUGAAAUCUCUUCUGUCUACUCGUCGCCGUAUGUACCGCUGUCCCGGGUAACGUAACUUCAGCGUCGUGGGGUCCCGGACGUCUUUGCUAAGGUAUUGCUGUUGUGUGCGUGUGUGUGUGCGUGCGUGUGUGUGUGUGUGCUAGGAAAUAUGGCCGGGUCGCCGUUGGAAGGGGAGGGGACGGGUAACAUUGCGGCGGAAGACAGUCAUAGUACCAAAAGUGGCAGAGCGAGACCCUCGUUUACCGACUAUUGGAAACGCACCAAGCAGGCGGCGAGACGUAUUACCUUCGUCUCGAGUAACCCGGAACAAAGUACAGGGCCCAGGAAACCCAAUUCGAAUCAGGACGACGACGACGACGACGAUCAGCAGGAGGGCCACCAGAGCGCGCAGGCUAAGGCCCUAGCUCGACGGCAGCAGGUCCGCAAGGCGCAGAAACAGCAUCGCCAGAGAAAGGUCAACUACACUAAUCAGCUCGAGAUGGACGUCGCCAAGCUGCGCGACUUGAUAGAGCAGACGGAGCGGGAGAGUCUCGCCAUCAGGAACGAGAACGAGACUAUCCGCCGUCGUCUCCUUAGAACGACGGCUCCAGCUCCGCAGGCUAGUCUGAUGCCGCCGGCGUUGACGUAUGGGUCUUCGACGUCGCUGCCGGAGUACACGGUCAGUCUUAUUAACUCGUCCGAGGCCCCGAACAAGCCCAUGUUCCAAGUCCAGCGGGUGUCGGGGCAGUCAUCGGGGUCUUCGCUCGGCGGGUUCGCAAACGAGCAGACGGCUUUCGGUGCGGGUGGUGGGUUUGAAGAUGCCGGAGUAAGGGGGAAGGGGUUGUUGACAGAGACGGAGACUGAUCAGGCAAUCAACUUUAUCCUAGAGUACGGAUUAUUCUUUUCUCUCUUUGCUUUCCCCGUUGCUCUUAUUAUAUAUAAGGGAUCUUUCCCCUUGGCUCUUGGAACAGUCAUAAAGAGGAACAAGAGGCAAAGCUAACACCAUCGAAUAUAGGCUCGAGCGCAUCUGCUGGGACCACUUCCACCCCUCGAUGUACGACCACAACGACUACGACCCAGAAGCGCCCGAGCACGGCCACUCGCUCAUGGUCAGCACGAUGGCACUGCGCAGCGCACCGCCGGAAGCCUGGGCGCAAAUCAGCGCGGAAAAGGCUCGACAGGCCUCGCUCCCCUCGCAGUCGCACUUUGCACCUCCUCUUCCUCCUCCUCCUCCUCCUCCCCCCGUCUCUACCUUUCCCUCGGACACCCACACCCAUCCCCAUCCCCAUCCCCAUCCC